UCAGUGUGCACAGUGCGCAGGCGCACCCAACGCCGCACAUGCGCGCCGGCGGGAAGAUGGCGGCCGGCUUCAAAACCGUGGAACCUCUGGAGUAUUACAGGAGAUUUUUGAAAGAGAACUGCCGUCCUGAUGGAAGAGAACUUGGUGAAUUCAGAACCACCACUGUCAACAUAGGUUCAAUUAGUACUGCAGAUGGUUCUGCUUUAGUGAAGCUGGGAAAUACGACAGUAAUUUGUGGAAUUAAAGCGGAAUUUGCAGCACCGCCAACAGAUGCCCCUGAUAAAGGGUAUAUAGUUCCUAAUGUGGACCUUCCACCCCUGUGUUCAUCGAGAUUUCGCUCUGGACCUCCUGGGGAAGAGGCCCAAGUGGCUAGCCAGUUCAUUGCAGAUGUCAUUGAAAAUUCACAGAUAAUUCAGAAAGAGGACUUAUGCAUUUCUCAAGGAAAGCUUGCUUGGGUUCUAUACUGUGAUCUCAUUUGCCUUGACUACGAUGGAAACAUUUUGGAUGCCUCUACGUUUGCUUUGUUAGCUGCUUUAAAAAAUGUACAGCUGCCUGAAGUUAAUAUAAAUGAAGAAACUGCUUUAGCAGAAGUUAAUUUAAAGAAGAAAACUCAUCUGAAUAUUAGAAAUUAUCCAGUUGCAACUUCCUUUGCCAUAUUUGAUGAUAGUACUUUACUCAUAGUGGACCCUACUGGAGAGGAAGAGCAUCUGGCCACUGGUACGCUCACAGUAGUGACGGACGAGGGAGGCAGGCUCUGCUGUCUUCACAAACCAGGUGGAAGUGGGCUGACUGGUGCUAAACUUCAGGAUUGUAUGAGCCGAGCAGUUACAAGACACAAAGAAGUAAAAAAACUGAUGGAUGAAGUAAUUCAGAGUAUGAAACCCAAAUAAACCACCACCACAUUUUCCAAACAGAUCUGUAAAAACUGUAUUUGUCAGCACAGUGCACAAACCUUUUAUACUAAAUAAAUAGCAAACUACAGUCUUUUGAAAGGUGUUUCUAGAAUUUCUUAGGCCACUUCUGUACAUAUUAUGUACGGUGGAACCUUUUUUUUUUACAAAGCAAUGACUUAGGCAAACCAUCCCUAGCUCAUUAAAUCAUUUCCCUGUUUUUACUUAAAAAUUGUAGGGUUGUCCUUCUGUAUAAAGUUGGUACAUCUAUCAAUGUAAAACACUGACAAAACAAAAAUGCAGUAAAAACUCAGAAUCCUUUUGAUUCGAUGCUCUUGUCUUUUCAAAGAGGAGAAAAAAUAAAUAAUGCAAGACUCAGAAUUGUGGAGUGGUUGGCGUGCCUCUCUUCAUCUUACUUCUUGACUGGCUGCCUGUAUGCCGAUGACGACGUAGCUGAGCUGUUUGUGCUGCUGCUGCCGCCACGGCCAUUUGGUGCUGCAAGAAUCGCAACUGCUGCCAAAAGGAGGGAAAAAAAGUUAUGUUAAAUGUAGGCAGGUAUGGCAAGGUGCUUUUCCUGAGAGAUGAAAACAACAAAACUGAAAGGGAGAAGGCACCAAGGUAACAAAAAGGUAUUAUAUACCACACUGAGACAAUGAACAGUCAAACAGCACCAGUGGCAAAGAAGCCUGCUGAGGGCCUUAAAAAAUGAUUCCUGGUAAACCUUUUUAAAAAAUUAUGUCUGUUACUUUGCCCUGCCAGUCUGCACUGCAGUAACUCAGCAACUUCAGUUACCGUUCUGUUGUAUGAUGAUAGUUUAUAGCAACGUAACACCACUCUGAACACCAAGAGAGUCAACUACGAUAUGCUGAUUUUACUUCCAAAAAUAACUGAGUAACAUUUUUCUAAAUAAACAGCUAUGACAUUUACUAAUAGGAACACUGGCAUACUUGCCUUUUUCUGCAGUACAAUACUAAAAAGUUAACUACUGGCACUUAGAGUCUCUAUUUCAAAAUAUGCUGGAAACUAGAAACACGUAUUUAGUAAUGUGCCACCAGUACUUCAUGAGAGAUUUUAUGCUAGAAAAAGAAUAUGGCUUAAAUGUACAAAAUGUAUUCAGUGCUCCAAGCUGAUUAGCUAAAAUGCCAGACUUUUAAAUAAAAUUUGCUAAAUUAUUUUUUUUUUAAUUAGUUACCAAUUUACUGUUUAGUCUUAGAAGUCAGUAAAAUAAAACUAAAGGAAGGUAUACUGAGGUACUUAUGGAGCUAUUUCAUUUUAAAAAGGCGUAUUAGAGUGAAGUUGCUGAUUACUUGUAUCUGUUGCUGCUGCUGUUGAAAGGCAGAGGAGAGCUGGAAUCUCUGCUGAGGAAGGCUUUGCUCAGGUCUGUUCUCGGCAGAGCCAAGCUGAGACAACGCUACAGAGGAGAAGGGGAAAGCAGGCCAGUCAAAAAGUUUGAAGGGUUAGAAAAGGACAACACAGGAAAUGAAAUAACAGAAAAGUUAUCAGUAUGAUUAAUCUUAAGUAUCAAAUCAGACAUUACAGAGUAAAUUUAGUAUCAUCUCCUGUUAGUUGAAGGGUACCAUGAUCAUGGAACUUCCUGGAUGGGGAAAGGGAAGAGAGCACACACAUACCAAACCAAAGCACUGCAUCCCCCUCUCUCUUUUGCGUAAAUGGAAUUUGAUACUAGUGCUGUUCUGUUGAGAAGGUUUUCUUUCACAGUGUAAGAUACAUUAUUUUUAAAUAUAACCAAUUAAAUAGGAAAAAAGAGAGUGGAGACAUCCAAACUACCAUAAUGACAAACUGGGGAACAAAUGAGUGCUUCAAGCAGAGGAUACUGGAAUGAACAUGACACAACACUACUAACAAAGGUCGUGUACCGAGAGUGCACACUUUUCCAUCUGGGUGGGACCAUGUUGAUGAACUCAAGCCCUUCACUGUACAGAUGAGGACAUUGAAGGCCUAAGUUAGGUCUGAGUGACGUAGUCAUCCGGGUAAUUAGUGCCAGGUCUUGAGCUGGGAACAUUCUCGUCAUUUUCCAGUGUUAAGAGUUCUUUCUGCUAAAUUACACCUAUUUUAGGCAAUUUGUGGUAGAGGUAUAUAAUUACAGGUUUCCACUUGGAAGCUCACUAGCUCUAAAUUAGGAUUUAAUGUAAGAGUUAUUUCCAAAAUAGAGACUUUGAUUAUUCUGCCCUAAAGAACUUAUAAAUUCAGAAACUGUGAACUGUAGGAAUCUAAAGGUAUCUUAAAGGAGCCCUGGUGGAGCAGUGGCUUAGUGAAAGGUACCUCACUGAGCCCACAGUGAUAACUCAAAACGCUGACAACAUGUACACUCAUUCAAUCCUCAAAACUCCACCACAGCUUAGCCUUCUUAUACAUGUCAGCUUGCUGAUUUUAAUUAGUGUAAAGUUAAAAUUAUUGUCUUUUAACUGACAAGGUAAUAUUCAUUGAAGGGAAACCUUUGUUUCACCAUUUACUGCCAUGAGUGAUGCACAUUUAGUUCAAUUUCAUUUUUGCAAAUGAUAAAAAUGGCUGCCAGAAAUUAGGCCAUUAACCAUUAAGAUGUAUUUCAUGCAACUCAGGCUGUAAGAGUGAAAUAAAAGAUUAUGCAGUCUAGAAAAAUGAAGUCUCGGUAACUCUGGAAAACCAAAGAGUUAUUAUUAAAAUAACUACACUAACAAAUAAAUACUGAAACAGGUUUUGGUGGCUUCCUAAGAAGUUGGGUAAUUUUCUAGUUUUGCCAGUGAAUUGUAACAUGAAGAAAGGCUGUCAGUAUGUGUGUAAGCCAAAGCUCUUUUAAUUAAUCAACAGCCAAAGAAAUUAAUGAAAAAACCUCAGAAGGCCAUCAAUUUAAUAGUUGGUAAGUUAAAGACUGCUUUUCCAUAGCUACUGUUUACAUGGGAACCCACUGCCAAAAACAGCUACUGUUUACAUGGAAAGGAAAGAUAAUUGGUGAGAUCAUAGAUAGAUUAGAUACUUUUAAGUAAACUUAACAUAUGAAGUCAGGAAGAUACUCACCAGCUGCUUGGGACUGCAUAAAACUCCCUACUCCAGUAAGGUUAACGACAGCAGCUUGCUGAGCGGAUAAGGCCUGCUCUUGACUGGCUGAACCUUGUUCAGAACACUGAAUAGAAAAAUACAAAUGAUUUAUACAAGAAGAAAGACAAUUCUGAGUUGGUGAAAAGAAAUUAGUAUUUCUUCUGAUUUCAUUGACAUUAGGCUUGGACUUGUAAGAAGUGCACUUCUACUCUGUUGUUUUUGUUGCUGGUUUGUAAGUUAGGAGACCCCAUGUAUUACAGAGUAGAACUGCUCCAUAGGGUUUUCUUGGCUGUAGUUUUUAUGGAAGCAGGCUUCUGCCAUGGUGCCUCUGUAUGGGUUUAAACUGCCAACCUUUUUGUUUACCAGCCAACUGCAAACUAUCUGUACCACUCAGGGACCUUUGGACUUACAAAGAGAAUAAAAUAAGGACUUCGAAGGUACUUAAAAUUAGCAAGGAUAGAUUUACAGUAUUUUGAAAGCAAGAAAUGAAUUUUUCAGAACUGAUUCUGUACUGAUUUUGUAUUGAUAAUUUCCAACUUUUCUAUGCCUUCAUCAAACUGAUUUUUUCAAACCUCAAAACACCCUUUGCUACACAUAGUACUUGGGACUUCUAGCCAGCAUAAUAAGGCAAGAAAUAAAAGGCAUAUGGUUUGUAAAGUAAAAAAGAGAACUGUCCUUACAGCAAAUCACAUGACUGUCUAGGUAAAAAUUCCAAGCAAUCUACAAAAAAACUCCAAAUAAAUGAGUUCAGCAAGAGUGUAGGAUACAAGAUCAACAUGUGAAAAUCAAUUCCUAAUACCAGCAAUGAACAUGUAGAAAACAAUACCAUUUACAACUGCUAUUAUAACAAAACAAAACAACAAAACAGGCAUAAAUCUACCCAAACACAAAAGACUUAUAUGCUAAAAACUAAAAAUGCUGAUGAAAUCAUGGAGAGAUACUGUGUUCACAGAAUGGAAGACUUGACACAGUAAAGAUAUCAACCCCUCAAGCUGAUCUAUAGGUUUAAUGAGUUCCUUUAAAAAAAGCAUAAAAAUUGAGAAUGUUUUUGUACAUACAGACAAGAUGAUUCUAAAAUUUAUGUAGAAAUGUAGAAGGGACUAAAAUAGCUAAAACAAUUCUGAAGAACAAAGUGGGAAGAAUCACUCUGCCUGAUUGUGAGACAGUGUUCAGUGAUCCAGAUACUGGUUUAUGUGCAGGUGUAGACACACUGAUCGAUGGAAAAGAACAGAGAACACAGGUGAACAUUUAGAAACAAAAAAAUUUUACACCUUGAUUUAAGUCUUUCACCUUAUACAAAAAUUAACUGAAAAUGGAUCACAGAAUUAAAUGUACAACUACAAAACUUUUAGCGGAAAAAAGGAAAAAAAUCUUCGAGAUCUAGAGUUAGGUGAAGAGUUUUUAGACAUGAUAAAUAAAGCACAGCCUGUAAGAAAAAAAAAAGUAACCUAAUUAAAAACUUUCGUUCUGCAAAAGACAUCCUUUAUUACUAAAAAUAGUGCCUGAAAUAACACCAGCAGUAUAUAACAGAAGCCAUACAUUUCAAAUGUUAAAGUACAUUUAUUUUGAGGGUACCUCCCUAGAUACAAAAAAAAAAAAGGUCCUCCUUUAAACCAAA